CUUGUGGAAUUUUUGGUUGAAAUAUAUUACAAACUCAGCGUGUGUGAUUACAUUAUAAUUAUCUUGGAUAAGCAGAAGAUUUGUGUACAAAAAACAUGGAUUACAUAUUUAUUUUGAAGAUAUUUUGCCUGCUGUUUCUUGCAACAAAUGCUCAAGUUCAACCUGAAUAUGAAGAACCACCAGAGGGCUAUUACGCAUUUGUGGAAUCACCAAACUCUGUUCCGCCCAAGGUUCGCCCACCACCGUACACCCAUGUUAACGUUGAUUGUACCGAUGCUCCAAAUAAGAAGUCUUCAGUAACCGUGAAUAAUAUCUGUGGUGAUCUAAAUAAGGGUGAGAUCCCAAGGAAUCCAUUGCAGCAAAAUGUACUUGGUGAACCCUAUCCAUUUGAACUUAUUCGAAACCAGACUCUUAAGUUUCUAUCGAAGACAUUGCCAGUGCUAAAAGCUGAUGAUACCUUGCCAAAAGUAACUCAAAUAAUUCGAGAUGAUCCUGUUGAGCCUGUAGAGAACAACAUUGACAGGCAAUACAAUUCGAAUGCGCGAAAUCGAAGAAGUACUGAUGAAUCCGCACCAGCCUUUAGUUAUUCUUAUAUCGAAGGACAUGAAGACCAUAAAGCCGUACCCAAAGAACGGCAAUCAAGGAAAUUCUGCGAUGGAGGUGGAGUCUUCUGCACUCUUUACCGUGCCAUUCAAGGUGACUCAGGGGCAACUCAACCUACUGUGGCAGAACGUCGGGAAGAAAACGGUCCGAUUCGAUAUGAAGGACCACCAACACCUUGUCCCGCUAAAGUAGAAUAUGCUACACCUGUGUUUGCCAAAAACUAUCAAGGCUCAUGGCGUUAUGUUGUGCAGAUUCCCUACGAAGGCUACUUCACCCAAACUGUUGAGGUUACCCGUUGUAUUCAGUCCCGCUGCCAUUACUUGGACGGAGGAUGCCUCUCAUCUCCACGUUGGGUUAGUCUUUUAGUUGCUGAAAUCUUCUAUCCCGGUGGUGAUGAGUCAGCAACAACUUCAACAACUACUGCUGCACCAUCUGUUCAAGACUUCCAGGCCUAUCAGCAAUACUUACAAAAGCGUGCUGGUGUAGCGUCAGCAUCUGAUGGAACAACUACACCAAAUGAUCCAAGUCAACAUUGCGAUGGCCAAGACGAGAUUGGAUGUUUCCAGGUCCGACUUUAUUAUGAUUGGUUCUUAAUACCAGGUUCCUGUAAAUGCUGGCGUCCAGACUAUUUUGCUAAAUAUGUGAGAAGAAAGUCGGUCGCUGAUUUAUAAAUUAAAACUUAAAAAUCAAAUGCAUAGAUUAAGUUUUUAAAUAGUGGAAUAUAUUUAAUUUAUUUAUUUGCACUGACUGAUAUAUUAAAUGAGCGUGCUUAUAGUUUUAUUUUUUUCGGGGGAUGGUUGAGGUCUGAAGAGAGCAAAAUCUGCACUUUUGUAUUUUAAUACAUAUAGUAUGCAUAUAAACGUACAUAAUUAUUUAAAUACAUUUUACUCAAUUAAGAAUUUAGUGUAUAUAAAUUAGGAUAGAAUUAUUAACUUAUACAAACAAAAUUAAAAUCUCAUUUUAUAUAAAUGUACAUAAUAAAAGCAUCAAUUAUUGUAAUA